AUGGGAGAUGCUGAAGCAGGCAAGAAGAUCUUUAUUCAAAAAUGUGCUCAGUGCCACACAGUGGAAAAAGGUGGAAAACACAAGAUUGGUCCAAAUCUCUGGGGCCUUUUUGGAUGAAAAACAGGACAAGCACCAGGAUUUUCUUAUUCAGAUGCUAACAAAAACAAAGGUGUUAUCUGGGGAGAGGAAACUCUGAUGGAAUAUUUGGAGAACCCAAAGAAAUAUAUCCCUGGAACUAAAAUGGUCUUUGCUGGUCUUAAAAAGAAGAGUGAGAGAGAAGAUCUUAUUCAAUAUUUGAAACAGGCAACAUCUUCAUGA